UCAGAGGUGGCAGCUGGUUGUUGAUAUCGGUGUUAGCCCAAUAAAACUAUAUAAAAGUAAAUAGCAAGGUCCCAGCCCUUUCUAAACAAGGCGAUUUUGUAUUACAGAAGCAGUAUACGCUUUAAGUGUAACUGCCUUGUUUGAGGAAAGGUAAAAAGAGGGAACAAGCAAUUAUUAUUUCAUGAGAAUAUCCCCUGGGGAGUGUUUUUUUUAUUUAUUUAUUUGGUUUUGAUGCCGUGAACCUGGAACUAUGCCCGCAGCCACUGUGGAUCAUAGUCAAAGAAUAUGUGAGGUUUGGGCCAGUAACCUGGAUGAGGAGAUGAAGAGGAUCCGACAGGUGACCCGAAAAUUCAACUAUAUUGCAAUGGACACAGAGUUUCCAGGUGUAGUUGCAAGACCAAUCGGUGAAUUUAGAAGCAAUGCUGAUUACCAGUACCAGCUGCUGCGGUGUAAUGUUGACUUGUUAAAGAUCAUCCAGCUUGGCCUUACAUUUAUGAACGAACUGGGUGAAUACCCUCCAGGGACGUCGACAUGGCAGUUCAACUUCAAAUUUAACCUCACGGAAGAUAUGUAUGCACAGGAUUCCAUUGAGUUGCUCACCUCGUCAGGUAUCCAGUUUAAGAAGCAUGAGGAAGAGGGUAUUGAGACACUGUACUUUGCUGAGCUGCUUAUGACCUCAGGUGUGGUGCUUUGUGAGGGGGUCAAGUGGCUCUCAUUCCAUAGUGGCUAUGACUUUGGGUACCUGAUUAAAAUUUUGUCCAACUCAAAAUUGCCAGAUGAAGAGGUUGACUUCUUCGAGAUUCUUCGUUUAUUUUUUCCCAUCAUUUAUGAUGUGAAAUACCUCAUGAAGAGCUGUAAGAACUUGAAGGGCGGUCUGCAGGAGGUAGCAGAGCAGCUUGAGCUGGAGAGAAUUGGACCUCAGCAUCAGGCAGGCUCUGACUCACUCCUCACAGGAAUGGCUUUCUUCAAGAUGAGAGAGAUGUUUUUUGAGGAUCACAUUGAUGAUGCAAAGUAUUGUGGUCACUUGUAUGGACUGGGUUCAGGCUCAUCCUAUGUCCAGAACGGCACCGGAAACGCUUACGAGGAGGAGGCAAACAAGCAGCAGUCAUGACACAACAAGAAUCCCUCACCAUGAACAACCUCAUAUACAGGGCUCAAAACAUGGGUUUUUAGUUGUUGUUUUGUUUUUCAUGAAGGAUUUGAUAGGAUUUUGCACUUUAAAGCUCCCAUCCGACAGAA